AUGUCCAAUGGCAGCUCCAUCAUGCAGUUCCUCCUCCUGGCAUUCACAGACACAUGGGAGCUGCAGCUGUUGCACAAUGCCAGGCUUUUCCUGGACAUCUACCUGUCUAUCCUCCUGGGCAACAGCCUCAUCAUCACCGUUGUAGCCUGCAACUACCACCUCCACACACCCAUGUACUUCUUCCUCCUCAACCUCUCCCUCCUUGACCUGGGCUCCAUCUCUACCAUUGUCCUGAAAUCCAUGGCCAAUUCCCUGGGAAACAAGGGCCAUCUCUUAGCAUGUGCUGUCCAGGUCUUUUGCUUUCUCUUCUUAAUUGUAGGGGAGUAUUGUCUUCUCACCGUCAUGGCCUACGACCGCUACGUUGCCAUCUGCAAACCCCUGCACUACGGGACCCUCCUGGGCAGCAGAGCUUGUGCCAAAAUGGCAGCAGCUGCCUGGGGCAGUGGUUUCCUCAAUGCUGUGCUUCACACUGCCAAUACAUUUUCAAUACCACUCUGCCAAGGCAAUGCUGUGGACCAGUUUUUCUGUGAAAUCCCCCAGAUCCUCAAGCUCUCCUGCUCAGACUCCUACCUCAGGGAAGUUGGGCUUCUUGUGGUUAGUCUUUCUGUAGCUUUAGGGUGUUUUGUUUUCAUCGUGCUGUCCUACUUGCAGAUCUUCAGGGCUGUGCUGAGGGUCCCCUCUGAGCAGGGACGGCACAAAGCCUUUUCCACGUGCCUCCCUCACUUGGCUGUCGUCUCCGUGUUUAUCAGCUCUGGCCUGUUUGCCUACCUGAAGCCCCCUUCCAUCUCCUCCCCAUCCCUGGAUCUGAUGGUGACAGUCCUGUACUCAGUGAUACCUCCAGCAGUGAACCCCCUCAUCUACAGCAUGAGGAACCAGGAGCUCAAGUGA